AUGAAAGGGGAGGACGAGGACGGCCUGGCACAGCUUGUGCGGCUCGUGCUAGACCAAAGAGACGAGAGACCGGCGGUGCAUUGCGGGGACUUCCUGAGCUUCGCAGAGCUCGAAGAACGUGUGGCGGAGCUCUCCGUGCGCCUUGGGGACUUGGAGGACACGUUCUCCGGAUUCUUGGGGAUUUGCGUUCACCGGAGCUUCGCCCUCGUGGUGUCCUUGCUCGCUUGCCUUUUCAGCAAAAAGGCUUUCAUUUGCCUGGACCCGGCAUUUCCAGCAAAGCGGCUAGGCUUCAUCCUGGAGGACUCCAGGCCAGGGGCGCUGUUGCUGGAUGAGGCAGCAGUCCACCAACAUUCCCACCUUCUGAGCUUUUGCCGUCAUUUCCUCCUGCUGGAUCGACAAGGGCAGGUGCGUCACACUGCUACGCAGCCGCAGAAGCCCCGAGGUGAAGAUAUCCCAGACGGAGUGGCUUAUGCCAUCUACACAAGUGGCAGCACAGGCCAGCCCAAGGGCGUGGUGGUCUCACGGUCCAACUUGUACCUGCGCGCGAAGAGAGGAAAGCAUAACUUGCUCUCCUUCUUUUUUGAGCUUCUUGGCUCCCGACUCGACAGCUUCGUUUGGGUGGCGGUGACGACUUUCUGCUUUGACAUCGCCCUUCUUGAGCUGAUCCUUCCCCUUAUGUGCAACUGCAUGCUGGAUGUUGUGGAAACGGAGAUCUCCAAACAGGGGCCCGAGCUGAAAGCCCGUCUUGCCAAGUAUCCCAGGCUGGCUUUCCAGGCCACGCCCAGCAGCUACAACCUCCUCAGGUCCUGUGGCUGGGCCCCUCCAGCAGGAGCAGUGCUGCUCUGCGGCGGCGAGCCCUUCCCUCCGUGGCUCAGCGAGUUCGGCAGCGAUGCCUAUCUCCACAACGUGUAUGGUCCCACAGAAACUACAAUUUGGUCGACGGCGCAGCACGUCGACGCGCUUGCCGCUGAUGCUUCGGUUCCUAUCGGGCCUCCCAUCCGCGAAACGACCCUGCGGCUGUCCAGCGAUCGCGAGCCAGCCGAUCGAGCCGAGAAGUUCGAGUCCGGAGAAAUCAUCAUAGGAGGUGCUGGCGUGAGCCUGGGGUAUUGGAAGAGGGAUCACUUGACUCUCGAGCGCUUUACGCCGGCUCUCAGCGGCGGCAAGGAGUUCCGCACAGGAGACUUGGGACGCAGGGACGACAGUGGGAAGACCUUCUGCCUGGGUAGGAUAGACGAACAGGUCAAGGUCAACGGCUUCCGCUUAGAGCUGUGCGAAGUAGAUGCUGCUUUGCGCGGCUGCCCUGAAGUCGAGUUCGGCGCCUGUGAUGUGAGGCGGAACAGGCUCGACCAACUCGUCCUUGUCGCUUACGUGGUCUGGCGGGGAGGCGAAGGUCAGGACGGGCGAGGCCGUCUUUAUACCCAUCUUCGAGAACAUCUUCCGGAGUAUAUGUGGCCGCAGAAGACCGUCGCCUUGGACAAGCUGCCCGUGACUCUGAAUGGAAAGCUGGAGCGCAAGCGUUUGCCCGAUCCUUGGCAACUCCAGAGUGAGCUGCUGCAGGACAAAGAGAAACAUCAGCCGGUGAAGCUGCCGGAAGUGUGGGCAGCAUGUAUGCCUACUGCCGACGCUUUGCGAAUCCUCGUGUUGCAGGUCAUUGAGGAGCUGAUCGAGGGCACGAGCCCUGGUGUCAUGCACCAGAAAAUAGGGGAGAGUGACAGAGGAGAGGAGUGGAGGCAUCUCGGUCUGACCUCAUCCAUGGCUGCGGCCUUCGCCGUUGCACUUGGGAGAAGCCUCAGCCUGCAGUGGCCGCAGAGACGCUGGCCGGCGCUGGGUGCCACGACCAUGUUCGAGUGUGCCACGGUCUCUCGCCUGGUGGCAAAGCUGCUCCAAGAGGAGAAGGCCGUGGAGGCGGCUCCGGCCUCUCUCGGACGCCGCGGCGCUGGCGCUGCGCGGCAUGUGGCCUCCCUCGGCAGCCUUUGCAUGACGGCGCAGGCCAUGGAGCACCUGGGCUUGAGGCGAUGGCCGGGACCUUUUGACUGGGUUUUUUCCGCGCCUGAGAUGGUCACCCACUGCCUCAAGGACGGUUUUGCAGCCUUCCUUGAUCAGUCGUGCUAUGUUGCAACCGCGUGCAAGAAGGCGGGCCACAAGAUGUAUUCACCCAUGUUGCAUCGAGAUGUGAUCUUCAAUCACCACAAUCCAAUGAUCCCUGCCGACUACGAGUUCCUUCGGUCUUGCGUGCACUCCUUCCAGCAUUUGCUCAAGGGCUGGACGGCAACUCCUGUCAACAUCUCGCAGGACGACUUCGUGCUCUUCCUCCUUUUCAACCUGGAGCGGCGAGUGGAGUUGCAGGAUGCCGCUGUGCUGGAGCUCUUCGAAGAACUCGUAAGGCAGUCGCAGCUGCCCUUUCGGCUGCUGGUGGUGAAGGUGGUGACGAAAGCUGCGGAUGCACCUCAGGAAUCCCUCCUGAUGCAAUGCUCAGUCGAGGUGGCCGGACAGAAAGCCAAAGUGCAGGAGCUCUAUGUGCACCAGCUGAAAUGCCAAGGCAGCCAUGAUGGCUGGCGCUUCAGCGACGAUGCGGACUACCAGGCACUCGAGAGAAUCAUCUGCCGCCUCUCUUCGGAAUGGAAGCUGUUUGCCGGUGCGCCGACGAUGCCUUUGCUUCCCUGCAGUUCCGAGGGCUGCCGGUACCUCUGCACCUGGCUUGCAGGCCACUGCUGCCACCGCUGCUCCAGCAAAGCAGGCUCGCAUGGCCCUCGCUGCGAUCGUCACUGCGGCGAGGGCCAGGACCAGCAGGGGCCCGUUGAGCCUGUAGGUUACAAACCUCCCGGACACUUCUUGGGCACCGUUUCGAGGGCGGAGCGCUUUCGAACCUCUCUUAGUCAGGCCCAAACACAGGGCCGACAGCGGCCGUCGCUGUCGUUGCAGACUUCGGCCCUGCGCCGGCUGGAGCGUUGCCUCAGAGCCGACACCGAAGCCGAGACUGACGAGACUCUUCGGGUCUGCGAGAGUGGCGAGAGCUUCGAGCCUUUGGGGCAUCCGAUCCAUGAGGGGCCAAGCUGGAAGCUCUGGUGUCCUUUGGAAGCCAACCUCUCCACUUCUUUGAAGCUCAUAGAGGCCGCUCUCUUGCAAGCAGCACAGCUCGAUUCGCUUCAAGAAGAUGCUUCCGCAAGGAGACUUCGGAUCCCUUGA